CCGCCGAGAACCCUACAAUCAAAUCGCAUUAAUAAGUCUCAAACCUACAUAGUUACAAGUAACGCAAGUAUAACAGAUGCGCUACUCAGAGAAACUUUUUAUUCCUGCAGGUCAAUGAGAAUCAAAGAAAAACCUACGAGAAUCAACGAGGCCGGUGCAGAGCGCGCACCGCCUGUCAGUAUGGCCGUGUCGGCGCAAAUAUGACUAUUUACCUACUGAUCAUCAACUAAUUACUCUGUGAUAAGAAAUUGAUGUUAAACAGUCCCUUUUAUUGUAAUUUCAAUACUUUAAAACCUAGUUACGUCGGGCACCUCUGCUGACGCAUGUCUGCAAAGGCAGAUCUUCGGCGAACUCAACUGCUGAAUUGUGGAAUUCGCAGACGACGGCAUCCGCUGGACCGGUGGUCCGAUGCCCUUCCCGUUAGAUUAAGAUUAGUAAUAAGUUAGUCUUAAGUCAGAUUUGGUACGGAAUAAACGUUCAUAAAAUAUAAUUUCUAUUUUUUAAAACGUACUCCGCGUGGCCCGCAACUUGACUGGCGCAGCCGGUAGGAUUUCCGCGAUCGCGAACUCAAUCUUGAAGUAAUCGCGACGUACGUUUUUACGCGUUUAACGGAAAUUCGAACAAAAUAAAUUCGUCAAGACACCACGACCACAACAGCUCCGGAAGUCACCACCAUCUGCUUGAGAUUCACCCCGAGGAUAUGGACAGUCUGCACCUCCGCGUCCUCCUGAUGACGAUCAUGACGACGCAAGUCCACGCCCUUCAACUUCAGGUAUUAAAUAACAAUCCCGGAGUUUUACCCGUCAGGGAAGGCACUGCUGUUUUGAGCAAAGACAAGUGGAUAAUAGCAAGAGUAUUGGACUUUAAACCUAUUAGAGAAGACUUAGAUAUUAAUAUUCAAUGUUUCAGGGAACUAAAUAGUUUAGUUAGUGUUAAGUUUAUUAAGAACUUUACUUAUAAUUUUAUAGAUGUAAGAGAACAAGUAGACUAUAUGCAAAAUUUAACAGUAAGCAAAUUCGAACAAAUCACUCCUACCUUUAAAAUUAAACGCGGACUGAUUAACCCAAUUGGAUCAUUAAUUAAAAUCAUUACAGGAAAUCUGGAUCACGAUGAUGCCAUAAAAUACGAUAAAUUAAUUAGUGAAGUAAAAUCAGAUCAAGACGCUAAUGAUAAAAAAAUAACGUUAAUCUCUGAAAUGGUGCAAAUUCUAUCUAAUUCAACCAUUACCUUAAAUAGAAACCUCAUUCGAUUGAAUAGAGAAAUUGCAACAUUGUGGCAAAAUUAUACUGAAAAUUUACGAAUUGAACACUUUGAAGUUCAAAUCAUAUCCGCAUACAAUAAAAUAUACCAUAACCUUCAGACGAUUCACGUUAAACUAAGUGAAAUAGAAACUAGUUUUGCACUUAGUAGAUUAGGAAUAUUACAUCAAUCCAUUAUUGAUUCAAACAAAUUAUUAAGUUUACUUGAAAAUAUUCAUAAGAAAGAUAAAUUAGUUUAUACCCCUAUUUUAGAAAAUUUAGUUAAGAUAGAGCAAACGAUAACACUUAAGGCUUAUUUUAAGAAGAGCCAAAUUACCUACGUUUUGGAAAUACCUUUGAUCGAAAAGGAAAGCUAUAUCUAUUAUAAGCUAAUACCAUUGCCCGUAUCUAAAAAUCCCACAGUAAUUAUCCUUCCAAAAUAUCCCUACCUCUUAGCGAAAGGGUUGAAGAUCAGACUGCUUGCCCAGCCAUGCCAGGAAAUCGACGAGGCCAGCUUCAUCUGCAUUAACGAUGAGAUGCUACAAUUCAUACAAGACCCCUGCAUAACUGAUCUAAUGAUGUACGUAGAAAACGUGAAAUCAUGCAUUCAAAUUCCAGUAAUUAUAGAAGACAUCAAAAUUCAGAUUCUACAACAAAACCAAUGGAUUUUAUACGCUGGAGAUGAGACAUUACUCACCAAAACCUGUCCUGAAGAAAUAUCCCGACAGAAAAUCCAAGGCACCUAUAUACUCACCCUUGAUGACCCCUGUGAAAUUAAGAUCCGAAAUAUAACUCUGAAAAUGCGCCAAACCAAUGUGGAAAAUGUAGAAUAUACAAAAUCACCGAUGCUCAAUUUACCCCUACUUGAUUCAACGAGUAAAAUAAAAACUGCAGAACCAGUGCACCUGGAAGACGUCGAUCUUACAGACUUGAAGAUCCUCUCAUUCGCCCUGAAGAAAAGUGUUAGUGGUUGUGAAAACAGUGAAAAGGCAAUUAUCCGUGUGAAAAGUGUUAGCGUUUGGACUCUUUGCAUCUAUGUAAUUUUAAUAACUUUCAUGUUAUGUGCCUUAGUAUAUAAGUUCCGUAUGAAAUUUUGUAAGAUUUCAGUACGUAGUUCUCCUGAAACAGAGAACUCCGUUCUUAAGGAGGGAGGAGUUACGUCGGGCACCUCUGCUGACGCAUGUCUGCAAAGGCAGAUCUUCGGCGAACUCAACUGCUGAAUUGUGGAAUUCGCAGACGACGGCAUCCGCUGGACCGGUGGUCCGAUGCCCUUCCCGUUAGAUUAAGAUUAGUAAUAAGUUAGUCUUAAGUCAGAUUUGGUACGGAAUAAACGUUCAUAAAAUAUAA